UAAAGCUCUGCGUGAUUGGCUGACGGUGGCCAUGUUUGCGUUACCAGCUGUCUAGAUGCGAGCUAGCUAACCGGUUAGCCGUCUGAGGUGUAUUUGCCUCAUUUUUCGGGCUGAAAUCAACGAACAGCCCGUCCAGCCCGUCAGCACCGGCCCAUCCGGACCUCACGAUGCCGGUCCACUCCCGGGAGAAGAAAGAAAACAACCACGAAGACAUGGAGGUGGAUUUUCCCGAGCAAGACGGCAGCAGCACGGACGAGGAGGACACCGUUAGCUCGUCCGUGUCUGAAGAUGGAGACAGCUCGGAGAUGGACGAUGAGGACUGUGAGAGGAGGAGGAUGGAGUGUCUGGAUGAGAUGACCACCCUGGAGAAACAGUUCACUGACCUGAAGGAGCAGUUGUACAAGGAGCGUCUGAGCCAGGUGGACAUCAAGCUGCAGGAGGUCAUGGCAGGCUGCGCCCAAGAGUACCUGGAGCCUUUAGCCAACCUGCAGGAGAACAUGCAGAUCAGGACCAAAGUUGCUGGGAUCUACAGAGAGCUGUGCUUGGAGUCGGUGAAGAACAAGUAUGAGUGUGAGAUCCAGGCUGCCUGCCAACACUGGGAGAGUGAGAAGCUGCUGCUGUUUGACACUGUGCAGAGUGAACUGGAGGAGAAGAUCAGACGACUGGAGGAAGACAGACACAGUAUUGACAUCACCUCAGAGUUGUGGAAUGAUGGAUUGCACUCACGGAAAAACAAGAAGAAAGACCCGUUCUGCCCCGUCAAGAAGAAGAAGCCUGUUGUCGUUUCAGGGCCCUAUAUCGUUUACAUGCUGCAAGAUCUGGAUAUUCUUGAAGACUGGACCGCAAUACGGAAGGCGAUGGCAUCGCUGGGGCCACACAGGGUGAAGGUGGAUGUUCCUGCAGUCAAGCCGGACAGACAUCACCAUGUGGCGCGCUCCGAGGACGGUCGACUUUUCUAUGACAACCAGUGGUACUGCAGGGGACAGGCCAUCUGCAUCAACAGGAAGGACGAGUACCCGACUAGCGCCAUCAUCACCACCGUCAACAACGACGAGGUGUGGUUCAAACGGCUGGACGGCACCAAGUCAAAGCUGUACAUCUCCCAGCUGCAGAAAGGCAAAUACACAAUCAAGCACUCGUAAAAAAAAACGAAAACACACACACACACACACACACACACACACACACCUAUACAGGCACAGACCAUCAUCUCUGCUGUGUUUCAUUUGUCUCCUUUCUGAGUGGUAUCUUUUUUCUACAUUACGUGCAGUCACACAAAACACAGCUAACUUCAGUCACUCUGUGCAAAAGUAACAAAAGAGAAACUGUCCCACAAACAAAUAGCAACUUAUUCAGCUGUAAGGAGACAAUCUCCUCUGUAAAUAUGUAGGUAUGUUGAUAUUACUGACGAGGUCACAAAGUGUCAUUUUCUCUGGAGCGGAGAUCAACGCAACGUGCUGCUAAAAUCAAAACAAAGGGAGAAGAACCGGAGCAGUAGCGAACUGUGAGCGGCGGAGCUCAGUCGCGUGCCUUUCUGAGACAAGACAAUGCCUGAACUCUUAAUAACAAUGCAGUGAAGCCUUACUCUGUACUGUGUUAGCACCGGGAGGACUGAAGCGGGUCAAUGAAUGAGUGAGUGUGAAACCUCCCCCCCACACCCGAUCUGUGUGAGGAUGCCGUCAGCGGCGUGUUGGAUUCGCCUCUGCGGACGCACCGGUUACUUUUUUGAAAAUGUCACGCUCCACGGAGCCUCAUGAAUCUGUGUUAGGAUCCCCAGGGAGGCCGAGUUUGAGAUUUGAGUAUUUGAUUUAUCGCACAAGUGUCAAUGAUUAAUCAGUUUUUUUUUUGAGUAAAUGAUUACAACGUGAACAUAAUGAGAUAGAACUCUUCUUCGAGGAAACACCCCGGGGUUCUGUUGGAACCCACUUGGGGAGCCGCUGUACUAAAUGAUCUCUUGAUGUCUUGAUGUGUUCGUCUAAUUUUCCCAGCACUAUGUUUUAAGUUCAGACAGAGGCCAGCCACACGCACUACGCAAAACCUCGACAGUAACAGGAGGAGCCCUUUGUAUAUAAAGACGACUGUAUGUUUUUCAGUAUUUCACUGUGAUUCUUCCCUCCAUCUCCUAUAAUGUUGUCUGAUAGUGCCUACAGAUCACUACAGAAGGCAGGACUGACUCAGAUGUGUAACUCACAGUGCCAUUUGUCUUUUUUUUUUGUCUUUAUUCAGUCCAUUUUGUGUGUGCGCUAUGACUGUAAGAGCUGAAAGGACUGGGUAUCAAAUCCUGCAGUGUAAAUGUGACACCUCUGAAGAAUCAAACUCUCUCCUGUUCCCCGUCCUCUCUCCCUCUGAACCGUCACUUCUCUUUCCCUGUUCCCCUUCGUCUUCUGUCGAGCUGUCAGUGAAAAGGUUCCUCCACAUUGACGUAUUAACAGUUCAACGAGAAGGUGAAGAGAUUCUUUUUUAAAAAAAAAAAUGUAUUUACAAUCCGUCCGAUCAAACCCUAUUUUGUUUUUGUAAAUGAUACUUGAUUUAAGGGGGAUCUUGCUUUGUGUUGUGUUUACGGUGCUUUAUAUACAUAUUUCAGUAACACUUUAUCAUAACCAUCAUUAAUAAAUGGUAGUUGAUAUUUAAUUAAACUUUAGUUAAUAGUUAUUUCACUGUUAAUAACAAUUAAAUCCAUAAUUUGAUGGCAAUUAUAAAGUUGCAACUGGUUAAAAACUUUUACAUUUCAUAGUAAAUUAAGCAAUAAUAAAUGCCAUUGCUUGUUAAAACUGAAAUAACCAUCAACUAAAGUUUAACUAACAAUAAAUGAACCAUUUAUUAAUGAUGAUUAGCAUAAAGUGUCACUCAUAUUUCAAAGUAUUACCUGCCAAUAAAAGAGAAGUGCUCACAGCAUUACCACGUGAACAUGAACAUGCCGUGUGCGUGAGGCCGGAUGUGGCUCUCACUGAGAACUUCUUCUCGAUAGUUUAUUGCAAGUUUUUCAUUUCUGUUUUUUGUUUGUUUGUUUUGACAUUUUUAUGAACUCUGGUUUCUUUCCAUAUCAAGAGGGGGAAAAAAAAAAGAAAAGAAAGAAAUCAUAUGACAUUGUGCCAAUGCAUGUACAGCUGAUUAAAGAUUUUGUUUGUAAAAAUUUGAAAAA